UAUCUCUGAAAGCUCUCAACUGUAGGAAUGAUACUUUCAGUUUUGUUUUUACUUAAUUCUCGCUAAAUGUGCAGUGGUUUAUGAAAUUUAGAAAGCCAGAAUGUAAAACUCAUGCAGAACUUUUACAAUCUGUCUGUAUUCUCAUCAGGUUCAAGCGCUUCAAUCUUCUGCUGCUGUUUUGCUUCAUCUAUCAGAGCGGAGCCCCGCCUGUAGGAACCAGCACUAUAUCUGUGUCAGGAAAAAAGAGAGACAACGUCACACUGCCAUGUCAAUUUGAGACCAAAAAGAUUUCUGAUAUUAGUUUAAACAAUGGGUCAGAAAACAUCCCUGUCUGUCAGACUGAAGAAUGUAGUGGACGAGUAUUUAAAAAAGGAAACUGUGACGUCGUCUUCAAGAAUCUGAGCUUCAGUGAUGCUGGGACGUACUUUUUGCAUGUCUAUUACAAUAAUGAUCAGACAAAGCUGAGGCGACAAAUCAGGACGUACCAACUUCAUAUUCAUGAUGAGGUUUCUGUGAAAACAGGUGAGGAGCACAAGUUAGAUGUCCUUUCUAAUGCUAAUCAAGUUGUGCACUGGACCAGAAACAAAACAAAUUGGAGGGAGGUUUGGAGCAGAAGCAACGGAGCUCAGAGCGAUCAACUGACCGACACUGAUGGGACUCUGAGCAUUAAAGAGUUUACAGCCAAUGAUGCAGGAACAUACAGAGUUCUGGACUAUGAAGGAGAAAUCUUGAUCACAGUGACAGUUACAGAAUCAGACACAGAAUCAAAGGAAAAAUACUACAACACAGAUGAUGACAAAACUGAUAACACAAGACAACACUCUGUUUGGUUUUGGAUUAUGAUUGUUGGAUUGACUAUAGUUCUGCUGGUUCUGGCUUUGAUUAUGCUUCCUGUCAUCAAGAAGCAAUUUCUGAAGAAGAGAGUUUCAUACUAAGGGACCCAAAUUGUAUGGGGCCCUGAAUCCAGUGAAGCCACCGGUUACUUAUGCUUUCAGAAGCAACAGGAUUCUGUCAACAUAUUUCUGCAGCUUAUGUUUAAUUUACAAAACAUAUGAGCAUUUGCACUGCACCCGUACACCAGCACUCACAGUUAAAGUGACCUAUAGACUGGUUACUUAAGGCUUACCAAUCAUAAAUCAUCAACUAGUUAUUAUUGUUACUUUUGAAUUCAUCAACUAUUGUUUGAAAAGAAAAAAAAAGAAAAAAAAAGUAUUCACAGUAAAAAUAGCAUGUAUUUUUAGCAUGCAUAUCUAUGCCAAACUGAGAAUGAAGCCUGUGCAUGCAUGUAUAUUUUGUAUUAUUUUCUUUUUACAUAUUACUAUGUAUAUUUAAUAUGGCCUUUGCAAGAGUCUUAAGCUUCUCAUAGUGUCUUCGUCAUCUACUGGAGAUUUUCUCCUUUCCACUGUUGCUUUUGUCUGUUUAAUAGAGCAUUUGCGUUAUUCUUUGUCAGUCUGCUUUGAAAG